AUGCUCCUCAAGAGCCAGAAGCUGGAUUCCCGGCAGCUGCACAAUCCAUCUUGGGUAUUAGCCCCUGUUCCCACUGUCUUCCUCUCUGGCUGCAAGCCCGGCAAACGGAAGCAACGUCCCUCACCUCCCCCGCCGGGAACCGGCUGCCGGGCCAAUAGGGAGGCACAGCAUGGUGGGGAGCGCUUCGCUGACGCCCUGGGCCUGGAGCUGACGCAGGUCAAGGUGUUCAACACCGGGGAGGACCCGUCCGUGCCUCUGCAUGUGCUGUCGCGUCUGGCCAUCGACUCGGACCUGUGCUGCAGCAGCCAGGACCUGGAGUUCACGCUGCAGUGCCUGGUCCCCGACUUCCCGCCGCCCAUCGAAGUUCCCGGCUUCGGAGAGCGCCUGGCACGGCAGCUCGUGUGCCUGGAACGUGUCACCUGCUCGGACCUGGGCAUCAGCGGCACAGUGCGCGUGCGCAACGUGGCCUUCGAGAAACAGGUGGCGGUACGCUACACCUUCUCCGGCUGGCGCAGUGCGCAUGAGGCCGUGGCUCGCUGGAGAGGGUCUGCGGGUACCGAGGGGACCGAGGACGUCUUCGCCUUCGGCUUCCCAGUGCCACCCUUCCUGCUGGAGCUCGGCUCCCAAGUACUCUUUGCCCUGCGCUACUGUGUGGCUGGUGCUGAGUACUGGGACAACAACGAUGGCCGUGACUAUGGCCUCACUUGUCGCCGUCACGACCUGCGCAUGCCACGCGGGGAGUGCGAAGAGAGCUGGAUCCACUUCAUCUGA